UCAGUGCACCCUCUAGUCCUUUGUCCCAAAUCCGGAAAGAAAUGUUACAAACCCUGGUCCUCACUCUCGGGGAUCCCACGGUGUAACUGAGGAGUCGUGAAUGGUACACACGCAGGAAAAUUACUUCAAAAGCCUUAGCAGGGUUCAAAAUCAACGCAUCUGACAGUUCUCUUGGGAGAAGGGGUGCCAGCCCCUCCCGGCCGGUUUUGAGCUCUGACAAAAUCCUGGGUCUACCCGGCACAUCUUGCUCACUUCCCUAGUCCAGUUCCCAGUUGAUGGAGAUGGCUGGUGGCCGCUCUGAGGAAUGAGGGCAUGGGAGGGGGAGGGGGCCGGGCUCUGUGUUGGCAGUUGCCAUGGUUUUGCUCCCGAGUUCUGGAGCCAACCCACCCACUGCCUGAGACACUCAGGUCACAGAAGCAGUAGGUCAGAAGCCCAAGGGGCUGUGAGGAGUGCCACUCUGGAGCCCACCAGCGCCCCUGUUGAGAUGGAGGCCUCAGAUGGGCAAGGGGGUGAAGGGGACAAGCCACUAGAGAAGGUGACAGAUGGGCCCUGCUUAGAGGGGAGCGCCAGCACCAUCCCUGCCGGAGACUCACUCGUGCGCCAUACCAAGGGCCUGGGCCACGACACCUUCAAAAUUUGUAAAGAAUACCUAAGGCCACUGAAGAAGUUCUUGCGAAAGUUGCACCUGCCCAGGGACCUUCCUCAGAAGAAGAGGCUAAAAUACAUGAAGCAGAGCCUGGUGGUCCUAGGGGACCACAUCAACACCUUUCUGCAGCACUACUGCCGAGCCUGGGAAAUCAAGCACUGGAGAAAGAUGCUCUGGCGAUUUGUCUCGCUCUUCUCGGAGCUGGAGGCGAAGCAGCUUCGCAGGCUCUACAAGUACACCAAGAGUAACCAGACGGCCAAGUUCCUGGUGGCAUUCUGCCCCUUGGACGCACCGGAGAGCUCCUUGAUGGCUGGCCAGGAAGACAGUCUGCCCAAGCUCUGCAAUGCCUGGGGGCUGCACAGCAACAUCAGCAGCAUGAAGGAGAGGCUGUCCAAGAUGCAGGCCCCAGGCCAUGAGGCUGCCCUGCUGGGGGAGCCGGGAUCCCAGGUCCACGCAGGGAGAGGUUCGCUAAGUAAACUUCCUCAAAAACCAAAACUCAAGAGAAAGAGGAUUAAGGGAGCCCCAGAAAGUCCAGAGACCUGCCCGUAAGAAGACCCAGCUGGGACAGAGAGCUGGCUGGCCUGGGUCCCAGAGCUCCUGUCUCUCUUCAACACCUCUGAACCUGGGGGGAUGGCGACCAACGAGGGGAAAGAAGAAAGUUGUCUUUAUCAUAAAGGACACUCAGGUCUUAAUUAUGUGUAAAUGGGGUGCAAAAUAAACAUCCUUAAGACAGUUCUACUUUA